ACUAUAAAUGCUAGUCAUGGUUGCCACGAAACAAGUCGUCUGCUACACUGAAUCUCUCCGAUCCCUAGUUUUGUUUCUGCAAAUCUUCUUUUGUUCUCCAAGAAAAUGUCUUCUGGUUGUAACUGUGGCUCCAACUGCUCCUGCGGCAGCGACUGCAAAUGUGGCAAGUACUCUGAUCCGGCUUUCACGGAGGUGGCAACCACCGAGACACUCAUCGUCGGGGUUGCUCCGGUGAAGAUGCACCUUGAGGGAUCUGAGAUGAACUAUGGGACAGAGAACUGCGGCUGUGGAGACAACUGCUCCUGCAACCCCUGCAAAUGUGGCAAGUGAAAUAUAUGAGCAUACCCAGAUAUAAAAGCAGCUAUGUAUUAUGUUUGUUAAAUAAGAAGAAACGUUAGAUCUUUAAAUUAUAAGUAUUUUGUAAAUAAGAAAGCCAAAGGCAACAUCAAAUAUGUCCGUAGUUGGAUUUGUUUUGCUGUAUCCUAUCGGCUAGUGGGUGUUUAUGUAAGGUUUGUGUUAUCGCUGCUUUUGAUAUGGGAGUUGAAUGUAUUUGUGAAAGGGGUUGGUGAAUUCUGUGAAAUCGAUCAGUUGUUAUUAAUACAGAUCAAUUAGAUAAACAAUAAUCUUGUUUACCGGA